AUGCUGGAGAAGCCGCAGGUGGACAGUCUAGCCAGCAGUGCCAGCUGUGCCCAAACUUCCGCCGGCCCAGCCAGCCCAGGCAUCAGGCAGGAAGUCCCCCGAGCCGCCGGGGAGGCAGCCACUGGGCGCCGCACGGACCGCGCGGACGCCGCUCUGAAGCUCCGGGAACUCGCUGCCCCUCCUGGCGCGGCGCGGACGCGCGGCCGGAAUUCCGGCGCGUGCCCGGCACACAGUAGGCGCGCGGCCCCGCCCCCGGCGCGCCCCCGGCACACAACCGCGCUGCAGUUCGCCGCGGCCGGGGGCCACGAGCCGCUGGUGCGCUUCUUGUUGCGCCGCGGCGCCUCGGUCAACAGCCGCAACCACUACGGCUGGAGCGCGCUCAUGCAGGCGGCCAGAUUUGGGCACGUGAGCGUGGCACACCUCCUUUUGGAUCACGGGGCUGAUGUCAAUGCCCAGAACCGUCUGGGGGCCAGCGUGCUCACCGUGGCCUCUCGGGGUGGCCACCUGGGGGUGGUGAAGCUGCUUCUGGAAGCCGGUGCCUUUGUGGACCCUCACGGCUCCUCAGGCGAGCACUCAGGGGACAGCAGGGACGAGCUGUUGGACAUCACAGCCCUGAUGGCUGCCAUCCAGCACGGGCAUGAGGCCGUGGUGCGUGUACUGAUGGAGUGGGGUGCGGACCCCAACCAUGUGGCCCGACCCGUGGGCUGGAGCCCGCUGAUGCUGUCAGCGCUCAUUGGGAGGCUCGGUGUGGCUCAGCAGCUGGUGGAGAAGGGGGCCGACCCGGACUACCUCAGCGUGCUGGAGAAGACCGCCUUCGAGGUUGCGCUCGACUGCAAGCACAGGGACCUUGCAGACUACCUGGACCCACUGACCACUGUCAGGCCCAAGACAGAUGAGGAGAAAAGGCGGCCUGAUAUUUUCCACGCAUUGAAAAUGGGAAACUUCCAGCUGGUCAAAGAGAUCGCAGAUGAAGACCCCAACUAUGUGAACCUGGUCAAUGGGGAUGGGGCAACCCCACUGAUGCUGGCGGCCGUCACGGGGCAGCUGCCACUGGUGCAGCUGCUGGUGGAGAGGCGCGCAGACAUCGACAAGCAGGACAGCGUGCACGGCUGGACAGCCCUCAUGCAGGCCACCUACCACGGGAAUAAGGAAAUUGUCAAAUAUCUGCUAAACCAAGGGGCUGAUGUCACUCUUCGUGCAAAAAACGGGUACACGGCCUUUGACCUAGUGAUGCUGCUGAGUGAUCCUGACACGGAACUCGUUCGACUGCUGGCGUCUGUCUGCAUGCAGGUGAAUAAAGACAAAGGCCGGCCCAGCCACCCGCCACCCCCACCGCACUCGAAGGUCCGACAGCCCUGGAGUAUCCCCAUGCUGCCUGAUGACAAAGGCGGGCUCAAGUCCUGGUGGAACCGAAUGUCCAAUCGGUUCCGGAAGCUCAAACUGAUGCAGACCCUGCCCCGCGGACUCUCCAGCAACCAGCCGUUGCCUUUCUGUGAUGAGCCAGAGCCAGCACUGGACUCCACCAUGAGGGCAGCCCCACAGGACAAGACAGGCCGCUUGGGGCUUCAUGACAUGCACCCCACCGUGAAAGAUAAUGGUCCUGGGAGCACGAGAGGAGACAAAGAAGACAUGUUGUUGACAACCAUGCUUCGAAAUGGAGCCCCCUUCCCCAGACUCCCGAGUGACAAGCUGAAGGCAGUCAUCCCCCCUUUCUUACCCCCUUCCAGUUUUGAGCUGUGGAGCUCGGAUCGGUCCCAGACACGUCACAGCGGGAAGGCAGAGCCCAUGAAGACCGCGCUGCUCCAGAGAACUGGCAGGGGUGCCCCCGCGGGCAUGGGCGGCGGGAGCACAGACACCACUCCUGUCAGGCCGGUUAAAUUUCCAUCUCUCUCCAGAAGUCCUGCCUCUCCUGCCAAUUCUGGAAACUUCAACCACUCACCUCAUUCCUCAGGCGGCUCCAGUGGGGUCGGGGGCUCCAGCAGACAUGGUGGGGAACUGCAUAACCGCUCAGGUGGCAGCAUAGACAGUGUCCUGUCACAGAUUGCUGCCCAGAGGAAAAAGGCAGCCAGGUUAUCCGAGCAGAAGCCCAGCCACCGGUCAAGUCCUGUCGGGCCAGCGCCAGGGUCCAGCCCAUCCGAGCUCCCGGUCUCCCCUGCAGUCAGCGGCGGUCCCAGUGGCAAGAAACUGGAGACGAGCAAACGGCCUCCGUCUGGAGCUUCCACUACCUCCAAAAGCACCUCGCCCACACUCACGCCCUCCCCUUCACCCAAAGGGCACGCGGCCGAGUCCUCCGUGUCGUCCUCGCCCCAUCGCCAGUCCAAGAGCAGUGGGGGCUCCAGCAGCGGCACCAUCACAGAUGAGGAUGAACUGACUGGAAUCCUUAAGAAAUUAUCACUUGAGAAGUACCAGCCCAUUUUUGAGGAGCAAGAGGUGGAUAUGGAAGCAUUCCUCACGCUUACCGACGGCGACCUGAAGGAGCUGGGUAUUAAGACAGAUGGGUCCAGGCAGCAGAUUUUGGCAGCCAUUUCUGAACUGAAUGCAGGCAAGGGACGCGAGAGACAGAUUUUACAGGAAACCAUUCACAACUUCCACUCUUCCUUUGAGAGCAGUGCCAGCAACACCAGGGCCCCUGGAAACAAUCCCUGUACUUGAUCUUCCCUCCUGUGGUCACCAGCGCGAGCUUUCCGAAUCCCAGUGCUGCACUCACACAGCCAGUGCUCCAGCCACCGUCAGCUCUUCCCCCUUCCCCGAAGCAGGCCACGCUUUGUCACGUCGCUGUGUCUGUGUCACGUUCCCUCUGCCCAGAACACUUGUCUUCCCUUCCCUGCUGCAGUAGUUCGUGAUGCCUGUUGGUGUAACAGACUCAAACGUGGUAGGCUUAUCCUCACAAUAAAGUCUGGUACGGCUACUGCUUGG